AUGAAGCAUUCCGAGCUUGUAGACCUUGCUAUCAUUGGUGCUGGCGUCAACGGCCUAUCGGUAGCAAAGACUUACAAAGAUGUUAACCCCAACGCUACCAUCCUCAUCCUCGACAAUCGCUCUACUAUUGGAGGGACCUGGUCAAGAGAGGCAUUGUAUCCAGGUCUAAAGACCAACAAUCACUUUGGCUCUUUCGAAUUCAGCGACUUUCCGAUGAACAAAGAGGGAUUCGGAAACGACGCUCACAUACCCGGACAGCUCGUUCAUAACUACCUCUACAGCUGGGCGGAGAAGCACGAACUACUACCGCUCGUGCGCCUUGGAUGUUCCGUACAGAGUGCAGAAGACAAAGAUGCAGACGGAUGGAUACUGAAUGUCAUGCUCAAAGCUGAUCAAACCCAGAGAUCCGUAACAAUUGAGGCAAAGCAGCUAGUCGUAUCUACUGGACUCACUUCUGACCCAUUUAUGCCCAAGUAUCAAGGCGGCAAUGAGUUUAAUGCACCUAUAUAUCACACUAGCGACUUCGCAAAAGCAUAUAUGAACGAGCGCUCAUUCAGGAAAAUCGUCGUGCUCGGCGGCAAUAAAUCUUCGUGGGAUAUCGCUCAAGAAUACGCUGCCUCCGGAGUUCAAGUUGAUUGGGUAAUUCGAAAGUCAGGCCACGGUCCGUGUUGGAUGACCAGAAAUAGAGUGAUGAGCACGUUCCUACCAGAACUCUUCCUCAAAACUCGCUUGAUUACAUGGUUUAGUCCGUGCAUCUGGGAGGACGUCGAUGGGUUCGGACGCAUCCGAAGAUUUUUGCAUCGGACGUGGCUUGGCCGAAAGAUCGUUGACGGAUUCUUUGGGAUCAUGCAGCGGGCCGUUCUGGCGGAAAACGGGUACCACAAGCACCCUGAAACGUCGAAGCUCCGGCCCUGGAACGAUAUGUUUCCACAAGGCCUAAACCUUCUUAAUUAUGGAGAAAUCGACUUCUUUCAGCUAGUCCGCAGUGGUAAGAUCAGGGUUCACAUCGCGGACGUCACGCACUUGACGAAGCGCACUGUCCACCUAUCGGAUGGGAACACUCUUGCAGCUGAUGUAAUGAUAUGCGGUACGGGCUGGAAAGACACGCCUCCUUUCAACUUUAUCGGAGCGAAAGAGCUAGGUCUUCCGUGCCAUAUCUCUACCAAGCCAUCGGAAAUGAAUCGCAUGGCAGAGAUCGCAGAUAGAGAGAUUCUGGAAAGAUUCCCAAAGCUCGCGUCACAGCCUCCGCCACGCACGAAUCUGAAGUCGAUGGACGGCUCGGAUAUCGGUACCAGCCAGCCUUGGAGGCUAUAUCGAUUUAUGGUCCCACCUGCCUAUAUCCAGAGUAGAACGCUUGCCUUUGCUGGGGUUGUUCGGAGCCCUUCAACAGCCCUAAUCUCUCAGACACAAGCCCUCUGGAUCACCGCGUUCUUGACCCAACAAAUCCCCAGCCUCGCAAACCUCGACGCCGCAACUAUCAGCCGAGUGUCUUAUGAGACUGUGUUACACUCCCAAUUUUCCAAAUGGCGCUAUUCCCGCGGGUUUGGGGACAGGUUUCCAGAGCUCUGGUUCGAUUCGUUGCCAUAUCUUGACUUACUGAUCACCGAUCUCGGACUAAAAAUACACCGAAAACCUACCUGGUGGAGCGAGUGCUUUAAAGGGUACUCACCACAAGAUUACACUGGCCUUGUGGAGGAAUGGAAAGAAGCUAAAAGACUGAACUCCGAAGCCACAGUCUGAGCAGAAGACGAUGUCAUGUCCCGAAUAGUAGUGUUGCUUGCAUCUCGUGAAUUCCAAUGAUAUACCUUGCUACUUAUGAUGAUUUCGCCUUUUGAGCCCGAAAUGGGCGUCAUUGUAUAGCAUGGAACUUUGACAGGAUCGCAGAUUGGCAAUGAAUAUUUCUUCUCUACAUACGC